GCCGAACCCCACCUUCCCGCUUCCUGUCCCUUGCGCCGACAUGGGCGACCUGGAGUUGCUGCUGCCCGGGGAGGCUGACGUGCUAGUGCGGGGACUGCGCAGCUUCCAGCUGCGCGAGAUGGGCUCCGGAGGGUGGAACCAGCAGCAUGAGAACCUCGAGAAGCUGAACAUGCAGGCUAUCCUUGAUGCCACGGCCAGCCAGGGCGAGCCCAUCCAGGAGCUGCUGGUCACCCAUGGGAAGAUCCCGACGCUGGUGGUGGAGCUGAUUGCAGUGGAGAUGUGGAAGCAGAAGGUGUUCCCUGUGCUGUGCAGGCUGGAAGACUUCAAGCCCCAGAACACUUUUCCCAUUUACAUGGUGUUACACCAUGAGGCCUCCAUCAUCAACCUCCUGGAGACAGUAUUCUUCCACAAGGAGGUGUGUGAGUCAGCAGAGGACACCAUCUUGGACCUGGUGGACUACUGCCACCGCAAACUGACUCUGUUGGUCGCCCAGAGUGGCCAUGGUGGCCCCCCUGAGGAGGAGAAGUCCCAGUAUGGCACCCCCAUGCAGGAGCUGCAGAAGCAGGCAGAGCUGAUGGAAUUUGAGAUCGCACUGAAGGCCCUCUCAGUGCUGCGCUACAUCACAGACUGUGUGGAAAGCCUUUCCCUGAGCACCUUGAGCCGCAUGCUCAGCACCCACAAUCUGCCCUGUCUCCUGGUGGAACUGCUGGAGCACAGUCCCUGGAGCCGGCAGGAAGGCGGCAAGCUGCAGCAAUUUGAGAGCGGCCGUUGGCAGACAGUGUCCCCCUCAGAGCAGCAAAAGCUGAGCAAGUUGGAUGGGCAGGUGUGGAUCGCCCUGUACAAUCUGCUGCUAAGCCCUGAGGCCCGGGCCCGCUACUGCCUCACAAGCUUUGCCAAAGGACAGCUACUCAAGCUUCGGGCCUUCCUCACAGACACACUGCUCGACCAGCUGCCCAACCUGGCAGACCUGCAGGGUUUCCUGGCCCACCUGGCCCUGACUGAAGCCCAGCCCCCUAAGAAGGACCUGGUGUUGGAACAGAUCCCAGAAAUCUGGGAGCGGCUAGAGCGAGAGAACAGAGGCAAGUGGCAGGCUAUUGCCAAGCAUCAGCUGCAGCAUGUAUUCAGCCCCUCGGAGCAGGAACUGAGGCUGCAGGCACGAAGGUGGGCGGAGACCUACAGGCUGGACGUGCUAGAGGCAGUGGCUCCAGAGCAGCCCCGCUGUGCCUACUGCAAUGCAGAGGCCUCCAAGCGCUGCUCACGAUGCCAGAAUGAGUGGUAUUGCUGCAGGGAGUGCCAAGUCAAGCACUGGGAGAAGCAUGGAAAGGCUUGUGUCCCGGCAGCCCAGGGUGACAGAGCCAAGUGAAGGCUGCAGCUGCUGAGGGCCGACCACCCAUGCCAUACAACCCCGUGCCCCUGAACCUCUGGAUCUCAGUCCGGCCUCUGCAAGCGCCCCAGCCUCCCAGGUGGUGAGGAUAGCAGGCGGGAAGAGCUGCUGACCCAUCUCCCCCAGCAAAGCGCUCGCCACUUCCUGCUCCACCCGGCGGGUAGGCUUAGGGUGCAGCCUCAGCAAGCUGGGGCAGGAGGCCUGGGCCGGAGGCAAGGGUCGGAUGUGGGGACCCUCUUCCUCCAGUACAGUAAAGCUAGCUUCCAGAAACACGCCUGUUUCCGCGUGGCCCUUUGAGGUCGUCGUGGUUGU